AUGCUCAAGCCCAAGGACCUGUGCCCCCGAGCGGGUACGCGCACCUUUCUGGAGGCCAUGCAGGCGGGCAAAGUGCACCUGGCCCGCUUUGUACUGGAUGCGCUGGACCGCAGCAUCAUCGACUGCCGCGCGGAGCAGGGCCGCACGCCGCUCAUGGUGGCGGUGGGGCUGCCGGACCCCGCGCUGCGCGCGCGCUUCGUGCGGCUACUGCUGGAGCAGGGUGCGGCCGUGAACCUGCGGGACGAGCGCGGUCGCACGGCACUCAGCCUGGCGUGCGAGCGCGGCCACCUGGACGCGGUGCAGCUGUUGGUGCAGUUCAGCGGCGACCCCGAGGCGGCCGACUCGGCGGGCAACAGCCCAGUGAUGUGGGCGGCGGCGUGCGGCCAUGGGGCGGUGCUCGAGUUCCUGGUGCGCUCUUUCCGCCGCCUCGGCCUGCGCCUCGACCGCACCAACCGAGCGGGUCUCACGGCGUUGCAGCUGGCAGCCGCCCGCGGCCACGGGACCUGCGUGCAAGCCCUCACCGGGCCCUGGGGCCGCGCGGCCGCAGCCGCCGCGGCCCGGGGCUCCAACUCCGACAGCCCCCCUGGCCGUCCGGCUCCCGCGCCCAGUCCGGAGCGCCGACGGCCCAGCCCCCGCCGCUUACCUCGGCCUCUCCUGGCGCGCUUUGCGCGAGCGGCCGGCGGCCACGGUCACGGCGACGAGGCUGGGUCAGGGGGCAAGGGCUCGGGCCGGCACCGAGCACAGGGCAGCGAGAGGCCCGAGCUGGGCCGAAGCAUGAGCCUGGCGCUCGGUGCUGUAACCGAGGAGGAAGCGGCUCGGCUGCGGGCGGGAGCCCUGAUGGCUCGACCACACUCGCCCCAGUCUUCAGGGACCGGGCGGUGGCGUUCGCAGGAGGUGCUGGAGGGAGCGCCUCCGACCUUAGUGCAAGCCCCCAUUGGCCUUAGCCCCCACCCGGAGGGCGGCCCCGGCUCUGGCCGUUUGGGUUUGCGUCGACGCUCCACCGCUCCAGACAUCCCCAGCCUGGUCGGGGAGGCAUCAGGGCCCGAGAGCGGCGCGGAGUUAGAGGCCAACGCUCUGCCCCCCUCGGUGCCUGGGCCUCAGCCUUGGCAGGUGGGCACGGAGGCCGUGGUGCUGCACGCUCAGCGGUAA